CUCUCAGUUCCUUGUCAUAUCAGCUGAAUGUUUGCUGACUCACAUUAGGUCUUGGUGUUGUUGCUUGCGUGUUUAACUUCAAACCACCGGUUCGAUUCAACUCAUUUAGCUUAUCUUCUAAUGAUAUUUCACGUCAAGUAUUAUUUUCCAGCUUGAAAAUAUGUAUGAAAGAUGGCCAUUAAUUUUUGCAUUUAUCAUCAGUGCUAGUUAUUGUAAUACUUUAAGUAUUGAUGAAGCUCUUAGACCAAAAGACAGUUAUUUUGUGGUGAACCGUGUUGAGGAAAGUGGAAUUAAGGAUACAGUUGAUCAACAUGUAAUUAAUAAACGAAGUGCUGAUCCUCCCUCUAACAUUACUGUGAAUCCUACCGAUUUAAAGGAUAAUCAUCAACAACUAUUAGUCCAUUGGCCUGGUAAUGAUUCAAAUGUAUUUAUUUGUCUUGCUCGCAAUAUUGACCCUAUAGUUCCUACUAAGAAACCAACCCCUUCUGCUGUUUACGUGUCUUAUGACUACGGAGUGAAUUUCAAAAAUCUUACUGAUUCAUUCACUUUAGACUCCAAUGGAUCAUAUGCUUCGGUUGAAAAGUUUUAUAACCAUCCAAGAAACCAACAUUAUAUGGUGUUCUUGGACAAGUAUAACCAAAUGUUUUUUGUCACAAAAAAUUAUGGGAGACAAAUCACCAAAGUAAAACCAUCAUUUCAACCUAUGGAAAUCCUAUUUUAUCCAGAAGACCCUUUUAUUUUUCUUGCAUAUGAUGUGAAUAAAACUCUUUGGAUAACUCGUGAUUUUGGAGGUUCAUUUUCUGUAGUUCAAGAAUUUGUGAAAUCAUACUCUUGGGCCGGGCGAUGGACUGGAACUUGGGCUGAUACUCCUACUAGAUCUUUGCUUGUACAAAGAAUAGAGCCUUCUGGGAACACAACACUUCUUGCCCUCGGUGAUUUAGUCACUAGUAAUCAACCUAGUUUAACUGUAAAGAUGCAUAACAUUGAGCAGUUUACUUUAAAUGGAGAUUUUAUAUUUGUUACCAGAAGACUGUCUCCAACAGAUAACGACCUCUAUAUAUCCUAUCGUGGUGGUGAUUUCUUUCAAGCAAUAUUCGACUCAGGGCUUGAAAAAGGAAAUUUUCAUGUUACGGACGUUAGUGAUGUAAGGGUCAUGGUUGCUGUUGCCCAUAGCGAAACUCUCUGUAAUUUAUACAUUUCUGAGGUAGUAUCAGGAAGCAACUAUACCUUCAGAAUAUCAUUGGAGAGGUUAUUCUGUUUUUUCCCUCAUAAAAUGUGGACAGAAUCAUGGCUAAGUGAUGUUGCCGAAGAAACAUUUGCUGAUCUUCAUAAAGUACAAGGAAUCAGGGGAGUUUAUCUUGCUUCUCAGGUUACUCCAUUAGCAAAAAGUGAUAACAUAAGUCCUGAACAUCUGCGAACUCUUAUAACAUUUGAUUGGGGUGCUGAGUGGAGAACUAUCAUAGCUCCAACUGUUGAUGAGACUGGUCGCCCGUUUCCAAACUGUAGUCCUUCAAACUGCACUCUUCAUUUAACUCAAAAAUUUAUGAACUUAUAUCCAUUUACAAGAACUGUUCCUAUUCUAAGUUCAGCUUCAGCUCCUGGUUUAAUCGUAGCGACUGGAGUUUUAGGAUCAUCUCUCAAGGGACAUCCUGGAGUAUUUGUUAGUAGAGAUGCUGGGCUAACUUGGAAUAAAGUUCUCAGAGAAAAUUUUAUCUAUAAUUUUGGUGAUCAUGGUGGAAUCAUGACAGCAGUCAAAUAUUUCAAAUCAACUGGUGAGACGGAGGAACUUUUAUAUUCCACCGAUGAGGGUGAAAAGUGGUCUAGCUUGAAGUUUGUCAAUGAAACUAUUCGUGUUUACAAUCUCAUGACUGAACCAGGGGAAAAUACAACAUGGUUCACAGUAUUUGGCUCUAAAAUUGACAAACACGGCUGGAUGAUCAUUAAUGUUGAUUUGAAAAAUGCAUUCUCUUACAAUUGCACAAAAGAAGAUUACAAAAUGUGGAUUCCAUCUAGUGGCUCAAAAUCUAGGCAAAUUAAGAUGUCAUGUGUAAUGGGAUUGGAAGAAACAUUUGAACGUCGUAUUAGGCAUUCCAAUUGUUUUAAUGGAAAGAACUAUGAUAGACCAAUCCUAAAACAGCCUUGUACAUGUGAUAUAGAAGACUUUGAGUGUGAUUUUGGAUUUCUGCGACACGUAAAUUCUGCUGGUUGUAUUCGAAACAAGUCCUCCACAUAUGAUCCAUACAAACUCCCUGAUACAUGCAGGCCUGGAACUUUUUAUAAUAGAACUAAAGGUUAUAGGAAGAUUGAUGGGGAUGCUUGUGUUAAUGGAUUUGACUGGCAAUACCUUCCUGAACAAAUUCCUUGUCCAUUCAAUGAAACUUCUAAUUUCUUAAUUCUGGCAUUGAAAAAACAGAUAUUGAGAUUCAAUUUGGCAGAUCCUAAACCAAUAUCAGAAGAACUGCCUAUACAGAAUUUAGAAAAUGUGAUCGCUAUAGAUUUUGACAUGAAAAACAAUUGCCUUUUCUAUGGUGACUUAGAGAAAGAUGUGGUUGUGAGACAGUGUUUAUCUGGAAAGAAACCUCCAGAGAUUCUCGUAAAAAGUGGUCUUAAGUCCGUGGAAGGAAUAGCUUAUGAUUGGAUAUCUUAUUUGUUAUACUUUGUGGAUAGUGGUUUAGUAAAGAUUGAGGCAGUGAGGACUGAUAUAGACUUCUCAAAUAGGAUGAGAAAAACAAUUUUAAACAAUACUGUUCUGGAUAAGCCUAGAGGAAUUGCCUUGCAUCCAGUGGCUGGAUAUUUGUUCUGGACUGAUUGGUCCCGUGAAAAGCCGUUAGUAGGUAGGUCCAAUCUUGACGGCUCUCAAGUAAAACAACUCUUCACAGCACCUCAGGUCUUCUGGCCAAAUGGAAUCACAGUAGACCACAUUGCGGAACAAAUCUAUUGGGUAGAUGCCAAGUUGGAUUAUAUUGCUGCUGCUGAUCUACACGGACGUAAUUUUAGAAAAAUAGUUGAGAAAGUGAAGCAAUUGACCCAUCCAUUUUCCGUGGCAGUUUUCAAGGAUUUAAUGUACUGGGAUGAUUGGGAACAGAAAAGAAUAUUUGUAGCUGAUAAAGAUCACGGGGUAGGAAUUCAAAUUGUUUCAGAUGAACUUGAAGGCCUCAUGGAUCUUAAGAUUUAUGCUCACAGUAUCCAAGAAGGAACCAAUGAAUGCACAAACAGCCCUUCUGUUUGUUCACAUCUUUGUUUUGCACAACCUGAAAACAAGCCUCAUGUGUGCGCUUGUCCUGACAACAUGACAAUUAUUGCCGGAGAAUGCAGGUGUCUUGAUGGUUCUAGACCUUUUGCUAAUCACACUUGUCCUAAAAGUAGUAGUAAUUGUACGGCUGAUCAGUUCACCUGUGCCAACAAUUACAGCUGUGUUCCUCUAUCUUGGAAAUGCAAUGGAAUAAAUGAAUGUGGGGACAAUUCUGAUGAGGCUGACUGUUUAAUUAAUUGUAGCCAGAAGCAUAUGCAGUGUAAAAGUGGACGAUGUAUUCCUCUUUAUUGGGUAUGUGAUUCUGAACUGGACUGUCCUGAUGGCGAGGAUGAAUGGAAUUGCACUAAAGAAGUUUGCACCAAAGAUCAGUUCCAAUGUAAGGAUGGCCAGUGUAUCUCUCAACGGUGGCAUUGUGAUGGGGAACAUGAUUGCAAAGACCGUUCUGAUGAAGAAGGUUGUCCUGUUUCUCCAACUCUCAGAAAUUGUACAGAUAAAGAAUUUCGGUGUCCUGAUGUUGCUCAGACAUGCAUACCUAAAUCAUGGGUUUGUGACGGGGAGCCUGAUUGUCCUUUAAAUAAAGAUGAAGAGAACUGUCCCAAUAAAAAAUGUGAUGAUGAAUCUCAAUUUCAGUGUGCAAUUACCAAGCGCUGUAUCUAUAAAUCGUGGGUCUGUGAUAAUGAAACGGAUUGUGGACAAGGUGAUAAGAGUGAUGAAGAACAUUGUCCCAUUCCAACACCAGCACCUACAACAGUUAAACCUCCUACAGGAUUUGAAAAAUGUAAAGAUUUUAUGUUCAAAUGCACAAAUGGCAAGUGUAUUCCUGAUUGGUGGGUUUGUGAUGGAGUUUCAGACUGUGAUGAUAAAACAGAUGAGGUGGAUUGUGCUGCUGAAAAUUCAACUUCCUCGUCUACAGCUCGUCCUGCAAGUCCUUUUCCUCAUAACUGCAAGCCAAAUGAAUUUCAGUGUAAAAAAGGAGAUUGCAUUCCUAGUUCUUGGACAUGUGAUGGCCGUGUUGACUGUGAAGAUGAUAAUUCUGACGAAGCUAAUUGUGACAGUGCUCAAAGCUGUCCUAAAAAUUACAUCAAAUGCCGUCUUGCCAAUACCUGUUAUCUAGCAUCUAAAGCUUGUGAUGGUCAAUAUGAUUGCCCUGAUCAUUCAGAUGAAAGGGAUUGUGCAAACAAAGCAUCAUCAGACACUGCUCAAAAACCUGGAUGCCCAGUUGGACAUUUUAAAUGUGAUGGAAGUUCAUGCUUUCCAUUGUUGAAGUUCUGUGAUGGUCACAAAGAUUGUUCAGAUGAAACCGAUGAAACUGAUUGUAAACCAUCAAGCCGAGUUUAUCAGGUUACAAAGUUUAGCGCAAUAGAAAAGCAUACAACCUCAACUACUCUUCCAAUUAGAUGGUAUAUCCUUUCCCCAUCUGAUCUAAAAUUUGAAUUUCUUCCUACAAUUGCUGUUGUAACUCUACAUGGGCAACAUCAGGAAUGGUCCAAUGGAACAUGGACACCAAACUUUGAAUACAUGUUUGAAAAUCUAUCUCCAUAUACAGAAUAUAAUUUAACUGUGUAUGUGAGAAUAAUUGGUCAAGAAAAAGUAUUCCCACCAGCAUUUUACUUCACAGCAAUCACUAAGGAAGAUUUACCUUCUCCACCAUGGAACAUAUCCGCAAUACAAAAGGCAGCUUAUACUGUUGAAGUAAGCUGGAAAAUUCCUCACCAGCCGAAUGGUAUCAUUAGAGAGUAUAUUAUUUAUUCAUCCCCUCCUUUACCACCAAUAGGCACUACUGUACCAUCCAAAAAUCUUUCUGCAAUUGUUUCUACUUUCUUUGCUCCAGAGAGGCAAUAUUCAUUUUGGGUUGUUGCUAGAAAUGGAGCUGGUACUUCAAACAGUUCUGAAAUAGUAAAAGUUAAGAGUCAGCCUGAAGCUAAUCUAAAUCCUAUCCAGAAUUUUACUGUAAAAUGUUAUGCUGAUAAAAUAACUACCUGUGAACUUAAAUGGCAAGAAGUUAAGGGAGCUAAAGGAUACAGAAUUGUUACUUCAGCUAUCUUACCUUAUCCCGAUCUUCCUCAGGUCAUUGCUAAUGACACCACUUACAAAUUUCCAGUAUUGGCUCCAGGUGUUGAUUAUAGAUUUCGAAUUAGUGCUCUCCAUGAGAAUUAUGAAGGACCUGUCCUUGAAAAAGAAGCUAAAACUGAAGGUGACAGAUUACCGUUUGUUGACAACAAACACGCUUUUGUAAAUGGAACAUCUAUCAGACUUACGUGGAAGGAAGCAAGUGAAAGCAAUCGGAAAGUGAAGUGGGUUUAUGGGAUUUAUUACGGCCUUACAUUUAAGGAAAUGAUUCAAGGACCUAAAUUGACAACUGAAAACUUGAUGGAAAACAUAGAAGGUCUUGAAAGUUGUGAGAACUACAUGUUUGAUGUUGGUGUGGUUGGACCCCUUGGCAUUGGACCAUUAUCCCAAGACUCGGUCAAAGUUCUUACUAAUUAUAGCAGAACCGCACCCCCCAAAGCUCUGACUCUAUUUACUGAUUCCCAAAAUGAAACAAUGAUGGUGAUAUCUUGGACCUCUUCUUGCAAUGUUAUCAAUGAACCUAUAAGCUAUGUCAUAAACAUUGAAGAAUUGAUUCUUGGGAAAAAUGUGACAAUUAGAUUUAAACCAGCUAAUUCAACAAAGUUUCAGCGUAGAAUUGUAAUCCAAUAUGGUGCAAGGUAUCGGGUAAAUGUACAGACAGGAGAACGUAACUCAAUUCAAACAAAAGCUGUAGAGCAUUGGGCUCCUCAGCUUCCUGUCCCCAACCAAGUCAAAGUAGAACCUUAUAAUAAAUCAUAUAUGAUGCACUGGCAACUUGAUACAAACCUCAAGAAAAUGCCCAAAUAUGAGUUUGAGGUGAUGGUGUGUGAAGGUGAUGAAUUUGAUGAAAACAAAGCAAGCAGAACAAGAGUUAAAGCUCCUCCCUUUUUUUUCCGUGAAAUGAAAGUAGCAACAACUUAUACUGUCGCAGUUCGUCUUGUUUCUGAACAAGGAUUUUGGUCUUCUGUUUCAGAAAUCAAUAUGAUUCAAAUUCCAUUAGGCUCUUCAAUGGUUGUUGUUAGUGAGGCUGGUCUCUUAUCAUUCAUCAUUCCUGUAGCACUCGUUAUCAUUGUUCUUGUUGCUGUCCUUGCAUUGUAUGUGUUGAAACACUACCGUCUGAGGAAUACAUUCACAACAUUUGCUAAUUCACACUACAGUACCAGUUCUGGUGCUGCAAUUUUUACUGAUAGACUUGACGAUGAAGACUCUCCUGUUAUUAGAGGCUUUUCUGAUGAUGAACCAUUGGUAGUUGCAUGAGGAGUUCAUAAACCACUUUUACUGUGAUAGGUAUUUUUGUAUGGUAUUUAAAUUUACCAGUAUUUUAUUACUUUAAAGUUGCUCUAGCUACCUUGACAACCAAGUGUGAUUUUUUUAUUUUUAAGAGUAUUUUCUAGUUUGUUAUGUGUGUUGCAUGAGAAAAUGAACUUUAUUUUAUUGAUUGUAAUUAAUAUGAACCAAAGACUUUAUUGAAGUUGUUAUAAGUGAAAAAUUGUAUUAUGAAAAGUACCAUUAAUUUUAAAUAUUGUAUAGGAAAAUGUAUUAAUAUAUUUUUCAUUUAUAUUAUACUUUAUUAGUGACUUGAUUAUCAAUAAAAUAUAUGUGAUUAAAGUAAAAUAUGAAUUCCUAAGUUUCGUAUAUUUUAUUAAAUUGUCAAAAUGUGGAAAAUAAAUGUUUCAUUAGC